AUGAUGAGAAACCAUACAAGACUCACGACAUUCAUUCUGCUGGGACUGACUGAUGACCCACAACUUCAAGCUCUCCUAUUUAUCUUCCUGCUUGUCACCUACAUGCUGAGUGUGACUGGCAAUCUGACGAUCAUCUCCCUCACCCUAGUGAAUUCUCAGCUUAAAUCUGCCAUGUACCUUUUCCUCCAAAAUUUCUCCUUCUUAGAGAUCUCAUUCACUACAGUCUGUAUUCCCAGAUUCCUUUAUAGCAUGUCUAUCGGAGACAAGACCAUUACUUAUAAUGCCUGUGCUAGUCAGCUAUUCUUUGUCAUCUUUUUUGGAUCAACAGAAUUUUUUCUCUUGGCCAUCAUGUCCUAUGACCGCUAUGUGGCCAUCUGCAAACCCCUGCAUUAUGUGACCAUCAUGAACAGCCGAGUCUGCAGAAGGUUUGUCCUCUCCUGUUGGGCUGGAGGCUUGUUCAUCAUAAUCCCUCCACUUAGCCUAGGCUUAAAUCUGGAGUUCUGUGACUCUAACGUCAUUGAUCAUUUUCUCUGCGAUGCAUCACCUACCCUCAAGAUCUCUUGUUCAGACACAUGGUUCAUAGAACAGAUGGUUAUAGCCUGCGCCGUGAUGACCUUCAUCAUGACCCUUGUGUGUGUGGUUCUUUCCUAUGUAUACAUCAUCAAGACAAUCCUAAGAUUCCCCUCCGCCCAGCAAAGGGAAAAGGCUUUUUCCACCUGUUCGUCCCACAUGCUUGUUGUAUCCAUCACCUAUGGAAGCUGCAUCUUCAUUUACAUUAAGCCCUCAGCAAAGGAAGAAGUGGACAUUAAUAAGGGUGUGUCAGUGCUCACCACUUCCAUUGCCCCAAUGCUAAACCCCUUUAUAUAUACCCUGAGGAACAAGCAAGUGAAGCAGGCAUUCAGUUAUUCAGUCAAAAGAAUGGCAUUCUUCUCAAAGAAAUAG